ACUGAGGGUUCUGUACAAAUAGAACAUAAUAUAAAUAAGUGAAACCUUGCCAAACAGCAGCUGAACCAAAACAGAUUGUCAAUUACGUGAACGGUGAACUUUAAAAGCAGGCAAGUAAUUAUUCUUGCUCAAACUGCAUUGCUAACCGAGUGCAACCUCACGCCAUUCUAAACGGUGAUUGCAUAGUGAACGGUUCAAUAAAAAAAUCAAGAAUAACGCUUGGAGUAACUGAACGGUGGAAAAAUCCUAACUAUGGAUCGCUGGAUUUGCAAGAACGCCGUGGUGACAGGAGCUAGCGCUGGUAUUGGAGCCGCCGUCUGCGUGGCGCUCGCGACCGCUGGCAUCAACGUCGUGGGACUCGCCCGAAGACCAGCGUUAAUUGAUGCAUUGCAAGCCAAAGUGACCGGGAAAGGCCUGAUUAAGUCUGUGAAGUGCGACUUGACGCGGUCGGACGAUGUCGCUGCGGCCUUCAAAUGGAUUAACGAGAACGUUGGCUGCGUUCACAUCAUUGUUAACAAUGCUGGCGUGUUUCAUAGGGGACAUAUCACGGAUUUGGGCGAGGAGGGGUUGAACGAUGAUCAGAUACUCGCUACCAUUGGCACGAACUACACGGCGGCAGUGCUGUGCACGCGACACGCCAUCCACUCCAUGAAGACCCACGGACUCGAAGCGCAUAUCAUUAACAUUAACAGUAUUGCCGGACACUACGUGCCUUUCUCACCGUUUUUCAACGUGUACCCGAGCACCAAGUACGCGAUCUCUGCCUUCACCGCCGGACUACUCAACGAGCUAUCUGAGCACAAGACCAAUAAAAUCAAAGUCACUAGCUUGUCGCCCGGGCUGGUGCACACGCAGCUGGCGUCGGACGCCUUCCAGCAGACCAAGCAGCUGCCGGGGCUGCGGCCCGAGGACGUCGCCGACGCCAUACUGUACCUGCUGUCCACGCCACCGGCCGUUAACGUAAGUAUAUGUAGUUGUAGGACUUAUAGUAAACAAAAAGUAUAUUUUUUUGAUGUGACCUCUGAAGUAAGUUUUAAAUUAGCGCAGGCUUUAAUUGCUAUACCAGACUUUUUGGUGACACUUUACAAAGGGUUUUAUUGAAACGAGUUUGGCCGGUUUGGACUAGCAUGAUGUAGGGACGGGAGGGCAAAAUUGACGUGACUAUUAUUUAUAGUAUGCAGAACUUUGCUAGUUGGGUCUUAGUACACUUCGGCUGUGAUUUGUAUUGCUACUACUAAGUAACAUUCUAAAAUAUAAAACUGUUCAAUUUACAGAUCGAUGAGCUAACAAUAACAUCAGUGACAGAAAAACGUCUGUGAUUGUAGAAAUAAAUUUAAUGACUA